AUGAAAGCCACAGUGUACGUCGUCUCCGGCAUCGGUCUCAUUUUCUCACUAUUCACAACUGCCAUCAAUAUUCUACUCGUUUAUCGAAACAUGUAAAUAAGCAUCAACGGACUUGCGCUUUGUGCAGAUUCUCUGUUUUCAGAAGGUCCCGAAACAAGGCGAACACUGACAUGACGCUCUUCUUCUACCGAUUCGUUCUUGACGCGUUGAUGGGCUCCGCAUGUAACACAUUUUUCAAGAAUACAAAUAACUGAUAUCAUAUUUUUAGUGGGAAUCUACCUGAGCCUCACCGUUUCCUACCUGAUCUUCCCCUCCUCACUGGCCAUCAUCCGAGAUUACGUGGGUCUCAUUGGACUGCCGAGCUCGAACGCCGCUGCCGCCAGAGCUCUCAUCGUUCUGUUCAUCAACGUCGAACGCUGUCUGGUAGGCUUCAAAAUCUGUUCGUGGUCUUACGGUGACCAGUUGACGUCUGUUUUGCCAUGCAGCCCUGAAAUCCCACUUCCAGGCCGUCUACUUUCCAAUGUUCUACCAUAAACUCCGACGGGAUCUGGUGCUGACGGCAGUUCUCGCAACUUCUGUGUCCUUUGGUUUUUUUGAAGACGUCGUGCUCUUUGUGCUUUGCGACUUCUCCUCUUUCAUCGCUCCGCCUGGCUGCCUCGCUUUGGGAUGUGCGUUCAGCGCGUGCUUUCACAAUUACUGGAUAUAUUACAAAAAUGUGACCUCAUCAAUCACAUUUGUGUUCUCCGUCGGACUCUGCGCACGGCUGCUCUAUUCGAAAUAUUGGGGCGGCACGAAGGUGAUUCGCAAGAGUUAUAGGGUUUGUCCGUCUGGGACCACUGAUCCGUAUAGAACCGCCUAAACAAAUUCAGAUGAACUAUCUGGCUGUCAUCGACGUCUCCAUUGUACUCCUUUUCAACUUCAUGCCCUCAUUCCUAGCCAACAUAUUCCCGGAUUCCAAGUUGUUCUCUUUCGAGGUACGUACAGAAUUAUAGUUAUAGAUUACAAGAGGAUAAAAAAGUUUCAGCACGUCGGUCCCUACAGCGCCGUCUGCAAACUAUUCGGAUCGACUGUCGACGCCGUUCUCGCCUAUUAUAGGGGCACCGGACAGAAAGGGCGCGCUGUUCGCAAUCUGGCCGAAUUUCUAGGCCGCGAAGUAAUUUUCCACUGA